UUACAUAUUCACUUUCUGCAGAUCCCUUUUAGGGAGUGGAUCGUUUCUUUUGAAAAACCUUAAUUUUUCAUCUCAAAACUUAAAAACUUGUUCACUAACAAAGCAAUUAUUACCAGAAAGUUACAAUGAAGUCACUUCUACUACUUUUAGUGGCUAUAAGUUGUGCUCAAGCUUCUGUCGUACACAUCGAGGCGAAUCCUGAUGCUAAAAGGUUGUAUGACGAUUUGUUAAGCAACUAUAAUCGUUUGAUACGACCCGUUGUGAAUAACACCGAAACACUAACAGUAUGGUUAGGGCUAAAGUUAUCCCAAUUGAUUGAGGUCAGCUUACGAAACCAGGUUAUGACCACCAAUCUUUGGGUGAAACAAAAAUGGUUCGAUUACAAACUCAAAUGGGAUCCUGAAGAGUAUGGUGGUGUGGAAAUGUUAUAUGUACCCUCGGAGCAAAUCUGGUUACCUGAUAUAGUGUUGUACAAUAACUGGGACGGCAAUUACGAGGUAACGCUGAUGACGAAAGCUACACUGAAAUAUACUGGGGAGGUAUUCUGGGAACCACCAGCUAUCUAUAAAUCGUCUUGUGAGAUGAAUGUGGAGUACUUCCCGUAUGACGAACAGACAUGUUUGAUGAAAUUUGGUUCCUGGACAUAUAACGGCGCCCAGGUGGAGUUGCGACAUCUGGAUCAGGUUCCUGGCAGCAACUUAGUUCAGAUAGGAAUAGAUCUUAGCGAAUUUUACCUGUCUGUGGAAUGGGAUAUACUUGAAGUUCCCGCUAGUCGCAAUGAGGAAUAUUAUCCAUGUUGUCCUGAACCAUUCUCCGAUAUUACUUUCAAACUGACAAUGAGACGAAAAACUUUGUUUUAUACUGUAAACCUAAUAAUCCCGUGCGUUGGUAUUACAUUUUUAACCGUCUUGGUGUUCUAUUUGCCAAGUGACUCCGGAGAAAAGGUAACGCUGUGUAUUUCAAUUCUGGUGUCCCUAACGGUGUUCUUUUUGCUGUUGGCUGAAAUCAUUCCCCCUACUUCGCUGGCCGUACCGCUUCUAGGGAAAUAUCUACUGUUCACAAUGAUCUUGGUCUCAUUAUCCGUAUGGACGACCGUUUGUGUGUUGAAUGUCUGGUACAGGAGUACUUCGACGCACAAAAUGUCCCCAAUUGUAAAGCGUCUGUUUUUGGAAAUUAUGCCGAAAAUAUUAAUGAUGCGCCGGGCGAAGUAUACAUUACCGGACUACGAUGAUUCGACGCCGAGCAACGGAUACACGAAUGAGAUAGAAAUGAGUGUCAGUGAUUUUCCGGGCGAGUUCAAAGAAGGCGGCGACAGCUUUGAAAACAUUGGGGUGAAUCUUCCACAUGGUUCAGUCGACCAAGAUAACAUGAUACCGAAGCAACUGUCGCCGGAGGUGCUUUCCGCGAUACAGGCCGUGAGAUUUAUUGCUCAACAUAUUAAGGACGCUGAUAAGGAUAAUGAGAUUGUCGAAGAUUGGAAAUUCGUAUCGAUGGUGUUGGAUCGAUUUUUCCUGUGGGUAUUCACGAUUUCCUGCAUUUUCGGUACGUUCGGAAUUAUCUGUCAAAGUCCAUCGCUGUAUGAUACUCGUUCCCCGGUCGAUCAGCAGUUGAGUGAAAUCCCUCUCCGGAAGAAUAACUUUAUGCUGCCACCGGACAUAGUGCGUAUCACAUUGAACUAAAGUUUUUUGAAUCGAAUCAUUGUUUGGAUAUUACAUAAAGUAUUUUCACUCAGACGAAUCACAUUAUCUAAACAUUAUAAUGAUUACAUACAGAAAUAAGCAUCUUAGAAUAAUUACUAAAAUUGGAUAUUUCAAGAGAAUGCCGACCCCAAUAAAUAUUUGUAUCACGUUAUUUUAGCUGUAAGAUGUUGCAAUAAACUUAUCGUACUAUUUCCAGA